ACCGAGCACACCCAUUGAACAAACUGAUUAGAAGUUGCAACGCAUCCGGCAAGGAGGGUUGAGAAUGUAGACAUCAUCCCACAUCUUCCCUUUAUCUCGUCGAGAGACGACAUCUUCCACUGCCAGAAAUAUGUGUUGAGCAUCUCACGACUCGGCAGAAGUACUAAAAGUCGGCAAAUAAGACAGACUCCAAAUCACACAAGUCUGCUCGAUCAGAUUAUCCAGAUCCAUAACUAGGUUUCUCCCUCAAACGACCAAAAUGUCUCAUAACACCAAAAACAAACCCGUUAUCGCUGUGGUCGGGGCUGGCCCAGGGAUCGGCGAGGCCGUCGCCCGCCGCUUCGUUUCCGAAGGCUUCGUCGCCGCCCUUCUCGCCCGGACAGAGGACAAACUACAAACCAUGGUAUCCGGCAUCGAAUCUGAUCACGGUCCCGGUACGUCGCGGUAUUACAUUACAGACCUAGGGGACGAAUCAGCCGUGAUCUCCAGCUUCAAACGGAUCCGGUCCGAACUAGGCCCCGUUAACGUGCUCGUGUACAAUGCCGGGGCACGGCGCGUCAAUGGGCGGUCCAUCAUCGACACCAGCAGCGAAGAGUUCGAAAGCUUUACAAAGAUCAACCUCUUCGGUGCCUUCUGGUCGACGAAGUGCGUGCUGCCGGACAUGCUCGCCGCGGGAAAGGGGACUAUCAUCUACACGGGCGCAACGGGCAGUCUACGCGGCAGCCCGGGCCUGAGCAGCUUCUCGCCGGGCAAAUUUGGGCUCAGAAGUCUUGCGCAGAUCGUCACGCGCGAAUACCAGGAGCGAGGGAUACAUGCUGGGCAUAUCAUCGUCGACACGCCCGUGGAUGGGAAGUUGAUUGGGGGUUGGUCGAGACGGAAGUGGGCACGCGAAGGAGAGGGUGAGAAGCUAGACGAUGUUGAUGCGCAUUUGUCGGCGCCCGCGGAUUUAGCGCAGAUUUACUGGUUCUUGCAUACGCAGCCGAGGAGCGCGUGGACGCAGGAGUUGGAUGUGAGGGCGCAAAAGGUUAGUAUGUUCUCGAAAUUGUAGGAUCGUGAGUGACUACGAUGGGGAAUGGGAAGUUGUGCAUAUAAGUUUGCGGGUAGGAUUGCAAGCGAAGGGCA